GUCAAAGCGUCUGCGUGAACGUUCAGUGGUUUCAGUCUGUGAUGAUGAGGAUGAACGUCUACAUGUGUCUGUCAGCCUUCAUCCUGAGCUGCAGAGUCUGUGCAGAGGAGGUUCAUAUGGCUGUAAUGGAAACGAGCUCAGUGUCUUUACCUUGUUCUUACAUCAUGGACAACAGUAUGACCUGGACUAAACUGGUUGAUGGGCGGUUGGAUUUUCUAGUUUCAGUCACUGGUGACGAAGAACGAAGAGAAAAUGACCCAGGGGAACGAUUUAGUUCAGUGGGAUAUAAUUCACUGCACAUUAACAGAGUUUAUUUAUCAGACAGUGGAAAAUACAUGUGUAACAACCAUUGGUCAGUGGAGCUGACGGUGAUCCCAACAGGAACCUUCAUCCAACAUGCUAGAAAAGGGACCAGUGUCACUCUGACAUGUCCUCAUGUUACUGGUUCAUAUGAUCUAAUAUGGAGAAGAGAGUCUGAUGGAUGGGGUCUACAUCCUGGUCUGACUCUGACUCUGACAGACCUUAGACUGUCUGAUUCUGGACUGUUCAGCUGUGAUGGAAAACCUGCUGUGUAUCUGAAUGUGACCACAGGUGAUGAUGAAGCACCGCCCACAACAACAGACACAAAAAUGACAAGUACGUCUGCAACAACAGCAACAACACAGACGAAAACUACAUCCAAGACAAACAACAGCAAAAAGGGCACGAAACCAGAGAAAAAAGGAGGCAAAAAGACUAAACCUACGAAAAAACCUGAAGUAAAACCAACGACAACUGCUUCAAUAACAGUGACCAAAGGAGGCAGCGACAAGAUUACUCCUCCAAGUCCAUCUGUGCCACGACCAACCAACAGUCCAAAAACACCGAUUAAAUCGACACCAAGAAUGGUGACUGCAUCGACACAAACCAAAGACGAUGCUCCUGAACAUCUUCCACCACAUUUCGGUUUGGUUUAUAGAGUCAUGUUGGUGUCCGUCCUCGUCUUCUUCGUCCUUUGCUGCAGUUUUAGACUCUGGUUUAUAAAACGAGGUGUAAAAAGAUCCAGAGAAGGAACAACAGAGUAUGACACUGUUAAUAUUACAGGUGACGCUGCUGAAAAUGAUUCCAUGGAUGACGACAUCACUGAUCUUCAUAUCAGUGAAAACAUGACCGACACCAUCUGAGUUUUUGUCAUCUUUUCCUCUCACGUCAUAUGAAACUUAUUUCGAUGUUUCUAUAGAUUCACUGUGGUCUUUAUCAGCUCGUUACUUCAGCUUUGAGUGAUAUUUAGUGUUUUUUCUCUGCAGUAAAACUUCACCGCAGCAGCUUUGAAAUAAAAAUGACUUUAUGGAUGAUGUGGUUUUUAUCACAACCUCGUGUUUCUGUAAAAAGUCCAAGUGUAGAAAUCUGAAUUAAAGUAAAACAAAACCAUCGAAGAUGUUUUUCCUGAUCAAACAUCACAGAGUCUGAACAGUUCGCUCUAGUUUAUACUUUUGUAAAUAGAAAAGAAUGUUUUUAAACUUUA